UUCUACAAAACAUUCCGUACAAACAUGAGUAGGAUAUAAAACCUCUUGCCCUUUAUUGUUUUAUCCCCUCCAGACCAGUAACUGAUUAGAUUCUAAAACCGGGAUCAAUGGACCUUGUGGUUCCCUGCAAUUCCUGCACUUCACUCUACCGGCAACCGCCUCUUCACCGGCGACUCUCUUCUCCAAAACGCUGCAGUUUUCCCUUCAAUUCCUUGAAAUGCCGACGCAGAACAACGUCAGAGCUUCAGACGCCGGUGAGCAUUACCAGCCCAGACGGUAACCUUUCUCCUCCAAUUCCCACUCAUAAAGUCACUGUCCACGACAGAAAACAAGGUGUCGUUCACGAAUUUCUUGUUCCAGAGGACCAAUACAUAUUACAUACGGCUGAAUCCCAAAACAUUACGCUUCCAUUCGCUUGCAGGCACGGUUGCUGUACUAGCUGUGCCGUACGUGUAAAGUCUGGACAAAUAAGACAGCCUGAAGCUCUUGGGAUAUCCACUGAAUUGAAAGCAAAGGGAUAUGCACUUCUAUGUGUUGGUUUUCCAUCUUCUGAUCUUGAAGUGGAAACACAGGAUGAGGAUGAGGUGUAUUGGCUUCAAUUUGGACGUUAUUUUGCUCGAGGACCAAUUGAAAGGGAUGACUAUGCAUUGGAGCUAGCCAUGGGUGAUGAGUAAGCCACUUAGAUUUGCUAAGUGGAAGUGAGCAUAACCAUGUAAAGCCUGCUGCGGAUUCUGUAGUUUCCCAUUUUAUAGAACUGUGAUCAUACUCAGUUACAUAAAUUUACUUUUUCAAUGUAUACUUCACUGUGCCAAUCCAGCAUUUUCAGCAGUUCUGUUGCCAUACUUCAGUUCCAGUUAAGUAUAUCUCUGUUUUAUUCCA